AUGCCUUUUGCACCAUUUGUUGGUGUGAAUCAUCAUUAUCAAUCAAUAUUAUUUGGUGGUGCACUAUUAAAAGAUGAGAAGGGAGAUACAUUUGUGUGGUUAUUUACCCAGUUUUUGCGGUGUAUGUUCAAUAAGCAUCCUAUUUCAAUCAUCACAGAUCAGGAUAGUGCCAUUUGUAAUCCUGUGAAACGUGUCUUUCCCCACACUUGCCAUCGUUUUUGUGUUUGGCAUAUUCAAAAACAUAUGGUCGAACAUCUUCAAUAUGAGAAUUUGCGCUAUCCUACUUUUAACAAUGGUUUAAGGGAAGUUGUGAAGAGCAUAACGGUAGCUGAAUUUGUGGAGAGGUGGGCAAAACUCUACGAGAAGUAUGAACUAAGUGAGGGUAGUAGAAAUUGUGCCAUUUCAACUAAGAGGCGUGCAGAAGAGGAUGAAGAUUUUAAGUCCUUGAACACAAUGCCUUCCACCGAUAAUAUGCAUGCCUUUGUAGUAAAAGCAGGUGCACUUUUCACCGCCACUAUAUAUGCAAAAUUUAUGAAGGAAUGGAAUCAAGCAAGAUGGACAGCUAGUGUAAGACAUCGUUCAUCACAUGUUGAGAAGUGCAUCACUAGAGAUCUAUCAUUUCAUUAUUUAACAAUUUCUACAAAGUGGUUGAAUGUUCUUGGGCGGGCAAAAGAACAUGAUGAUGUAUUGGCAGAUAUAAACAAUUUUUUUGAUGAUGUUAUCUUACGACUUGAUGAAAAAGAUACAUUGAAAAUUUUUACUCUUUCACAAUCAAAAGUUGCAUCAUUCGUCUCAGGUAGUAAUAAUGCUCAUGUUAAUAUUACUAUCUGA